GGUGGCUGUGGAUGACGGAGACGCUCGGGGCUUUGGCAGGUGCAUCUUCAAUUUCCCUCACACUUUGGACUCCUCGGGGAGGAGGGGCUGGAGCCCUGGCCCACCAUUAGCACAAUGAUCCUCAGGCUGCUUCUGGCUCUCAACUUCUUCCCCUCAAUUCAAGUAACAGCAAGGCUAAUCAUCCAGUAUGAAGAUAAAAAUCAGGACAAUGCCACUUAUUUUUCCACGAGAGGAUUUUUCAUUUCUCCCCAAACCUCAGCAAAUAAACUGUCAAAAUGGCCAGUUCGAACGUGAUUGAUUUCUCCAAUGCUCUGCAUUUCCCUUGGCGUGCCCUUCUUUUUCUGAGAGAGGCACAGAAGGCAGGAAGAUGGUUGGCAUUUAAUAAAAACUCAUCAGCAAAGCAAGAAAACAAGAUUUUGGUGAAGCAGUUGCCCAGGCUUGUGGUAUACAACAAUGAGGUCAACCUGAGCUGCAAGUAUACCCACAACCUCUUCUCAAAGGAGUUCCGCGCAUCCCUUUAUAAGGGAGUAGAUAGUGCUGUGGAAGUCUGUGUUGUGAAUGGAAAUUACUCUCAUCAGCCUCAGUUCUACUCAAGUACAGGAUUCGAUUGUGAUGGGAAACUGGGCAAUGAAACAGUGACAUUCUACCUCCGGAAGUUGUUUGUUAACCAAACGGAUAUUUACUUCUGCAAAAUUGAGGUCAUGUAUCCACCUCCUUACAUAGACAAUGAGAAGAGCAAUGGGACCAUUAUCCAUGUGAAAGAGAAACAUCUUUGUCCAGCACAGCCGACUCCUGAAUCUUCUAAGCCAUUUUGGGUACUGGUGGUGGUUGGUGGAGUCCUGGUUUUCUAUAGCUUGCUAGUAACAGUGGCUCUUUGUGCUUGCUGGAUGAAGAAUAAGAGAAGCAGGAUCCUUCAGAGUGACUACAUGAACAUGACCCCCCGGAGGCCCGGGCCCACCCGAAGGCACUACCAACCCUAUGCCCCAGCACGCGACUUUGCAGCAUACCGCUCCUGACAUGGACGCCUAUCCAGAUGCGAGCCGGCUGGCAGCUCUUCAUCUGCCCAACACAACUGCUCUGGAUAGGAAAAACCCGCCUCGUCUUCAGCCGGCCACGGGCUCCUUUUAUGGGCUCUUAUUAAGCUCCCAAUGCCAAUUUUUCUUGAAUGACUAGACCAAAUAACAUUAUUUUGAGACUCUGAAAUGAAGUUAAAGAAUAUUACUGUGGCAGGCUCUGUCUUGUCGUGCCAUGACCCAAAUUCCAACUUGCCAUGUAUUUAUUGACUCAAGAGGUUGCAGUAGA